AAGGCGCUGAGAUCUAAUGUCUACACAGCGAAACCUUUAAAAAUACAUAUAUACACAAAAUAAAAAUAAAACGGAGGCAGCUCUCAAGUUUGACAUCAUUUCUCUUAAUCUCAAGAGCGUGAAGCCGUUUGGUAACAGUCGUGUCAUUAGAAUUAAGGAUGUGGGCCAAUAUUCACUAGUCGGCAGAGUUGAAGCAAUUCCUGCGAUCAUUCAUAAACUGUGGCACAGCGAAAAUAAUCACUUAAUUUAUUUCAUAAUCAUUAAUUUAUUUCGACUGAAUUUGAUAUAUGGUGACAUGGAUUUACAGAGAAAACCGUUAUCCCGAUUGUCAACUGUCAUUUUUGCUAUUGUCUUUGUGGACUUAACCAGAUCGACUUUUGCAGCUUGUAUCCCUGGGGAGCACUGUCCCAACGCCUGUCCAGAAAACUGUCAGGAGGGAUGCACGCGCACAGAGAGAUGUCUGGGAGGGUGUCUUCAGGGCUGGCGAGGGCCACGAUGUGACGAACGAUGCGACUCCUACACGUAUGGACCAAACUGUAAGCUACACUGCGGACACUGUCUCAAUGAAGAACCCUGUGACCUGAAUACCGGUCAAUGCCAGAACGGCUGUCUACCCGGCUUUAAGGGGGAACUCUGCAAAGAUCCGUGUGAGGCGUACAGUUAUGGCUUUAAUUGUUCCGGAAAAUGCGGAAAAUGUAACUCUGGACAAGUUUGUAACGCCAUCACUGGAAAAUGUAGCGGGGGAUGUCAGACAGGCUACAGCGGGGCCCGGUGUGACCAAGAAUGCCCUCCUCAGACAUACGGGAUAGCCUGUUCCAUGGCGUGUGGAAAAUGUGGGAAUGGGUCAACUUGUGACCCCGUUACGGGUCAAUGCACAUCAGGAUGUGAGCACGGUUGGACCGGAGAAAAAUGCGACCGACGAUGUCGUCUUGGUUUCUUUGGUAACGAGUGUAAAAACGCUUGUGGAAAGUGCCUAAAUGGUGCGUGUGACCAUGUGACCGGACGUUGCGCAGCAGGAUGCAAACCAGGAUGGACUGGGUCAAAUUGUCUCGACAAGUGCAAAAAUAAUACUUACGGUCCAAACUGUACUCUGGCCUGCGGACACUGUCACGGAGGGGAGAAUUGUGACCCUACCCGCGGGGGUAUAUGUGAGGGGUGCUCCAGCGGAUGGAGGGGGCCUCGCUGUGACGAAGUUUGUCCAAAAGGGACAUACGGGCUAGCGUGCAGUUUCAAGUGUGGGCACUGCAUCAAGGGCGAGGCAUGUUUGCCUAACAAUGGUACAUGUACCGGGGGCUGCAUGGAGGGAUUUAAGGGAUCCCUGUGUAUAGAUUCUGAUGGCGCUGCCAAUCCUUUGACGCACAACCUUUUGAUGUCUGUGCUGGUGUCUGUGAUCGUGGUCCUUCUAUUGCUCUUCACCGCUACUGUGAUGUACUUCGUGUGUGUGCGGUACAAACACGGCCUCUUUAGUCGCUUCUACAGGCUCUCCACUAGAAGCUUACAAAGUCCAGAACUGCAUUUGUAUGAGCAGGUGUUGUCUGGCCCGUUCGAGUUGAACAAGUAUAAUCUUGUAAUAACCAAUGAGAAACUUGGACACGGACAGUUUGGGAUGGUGAAAAAGGGAUAUGUGAAACAAGACAGAGACCACAAGAUACCAGUGGCGGUGAAGUCAUUGAAGGAGUCAUCAUCGGAAAGAGAUAAGAACGAUUUUAUGAAUGAACUGAACAUUCUGAAGAAAGUGGGUCAGCAUCCAAACGUGGUGUGCCUGGUGGGCGCUUGUCAUAUACAAGGAACUAUGUACGUUGCCAUGGAAUUUUGCGUAAACGGCGAUUUGCGGUCUUACUUAAGGAAAAUGAAGCGAUGUAAAAAUAAUCUGUACGCUAAUGCCAAAGUAAUCUCACCAGUCCAAAAAUCGGUGCUGCUCAAAUUUGCAUUGGAAGUUGCUUCCGGUUUGUCACACCUUGCAGACAGACAGAUAAUUCACAGAGAUGUUGCCGCCCGCAAUGUUUUACUGGAUGAACAUCUGAUAGCCAAGGUAGCGGACUUCGGACUGUCCAAAAAUGACGACACCUAUGUCAAAACUUCAAAUACUCGAGUUCCUGUGAAAUGGCUGGCACCAGAAUCAUUAUUCAACGCAACCUAUACGUCACAGAGUGAUGUUUGGUCAUUUGGGGUUUUGCUAUGGGAGGUCUGCACUCUCGGAGGAACCCCCUACCAUGGUAUAGACACCGCCCAAAUGUGUCAUCUACUGAAACAGGGAUUCCGCAUGCGCAGACCAAGAAAUUGCGAACCAGCUUUGUAUGCCAUGAUGUUACAAUGCUGGAACGAAAAUCCGGAUUCCCGUCCAUAUUUUAGUGACAUUGUCCUCCGGUUACAGCGCAUGCUCGAAGACAGUCAGGUGUACAUGAAUCUUGAUGUCAAUGAAGGGAAUCACUACGCCGAGAUUAAGUGAAGCUGGAUUUCGCCAAAUCUAUAAUAUUUUUAUCAUAGAUUCAAAUCUGAAACUAAUAGCUUCGCUCCAUGUACGAUUCAAGCAUUUCGGGAAAAAGGCGGACUCGCCGUCACAGGAAGCACGACUUGUCGAACCAAGCAGAACCUCUGCACUGCAGAUAUUUGCAUGAAUUGUAUUGUUUCUGAUAAAGAUAUAAUAACUUAACGUAUAAAGUAGUAUGAUAAAUAAGACAAAGCCUCAUAGAGGUGUUUUCGUGGAUGACUCUAUUGGAGAGAUUAGAUGGGGGAUAUACACGUGACCAGCGUGGGUAAUAAACAUGUGACCACCAUGGGGGAAUAUACACGUGACCACCAUACACGUGAUACAUCAUACUAUAUAGUGGGGAAAAACGAAUUUAUCUCCAGUCUUAUACACCGAAAGGUGUUUGUUGUUUAUACAAAUUACAUGUACAGAUGAUGCAUACAGUGACAGACUGGUACAGUUCACCUUUUAAUUGUUGACUUCAAGCAAUUCUGUCAAUUUAAUAGAAAUGUGUGAUAAAUUUGUUGCAGGGGCUUUUUUACUGUAAAGAACUACAUGUAUAUUUAAUGAUUAAUUUAUUAUACUUUAUGUAUUCUUAAUAUCUCAAUGUCAAUUACAAAUUAUUAUACAUUAUAUCUGUUUUGUUUAUGUACAUCUUUUAAACUCUGUUUAUUUCCAUUAUUUUUGGAGCGUUUUGACUUCUAUAUAUAGAUUACAGUCUGUUUUGUAGUGUUUUGACCAUGCAAACCAAAUAAACAUAAACAAUA